UCGCCCCGUCCUUCGAGGGAGCAGCAUCUCGCAGGGCUGCGCUGACGGACCGAAGAGGCCUAGACGAUGGAAAACCCCCAAAGUUUUCUACAUGACAUCGAUGCGCUCGCCCGUCAAAUUGCUCCUGCUAAUUUUCACCAGAUCCCUGCAGCAAAUUGUGCUGAGGAUCUGAGUUCUGAAGUGGCUCAGAUUCCUCGGAUAAUAUCACCAUCCGGGUAUGAAAGGCGCCACACAAACGUAUAUCGACCUCGGCAUUGGAAACCCUAUUGCAGGACCAGAAGUCAAACUCACCAGUCAUUUUACACUCAAGGUCGUUCAAGUUCUGGAGAAUUGCCAAAUGUCAGAAGGUACCCCAAGAGAUGGCAUACUUACUUUGCUGCUAGACAGCAUCGACAACUUGCCCCAGUCACUUAUCUCCAGUCAGUUCCUGAAGGAGGCUCCUGUCAGGCUAGCAGUGGUUCCCGUGAGAAUCAGGUGGCUACAGUUGAACAAGAGAGGUCUUAUGUAGAUCCAAAUGUGGUACCAGUUCAACAAAAUGCAUUCACUUCCUCAAACUAUACCAUUUCGGUGGAGACAUCUGGAUCAAUUUCCCUAAAUUAUAAUCCACCCGCAGAACCAACAUGUAGCAAAGGCUCUCAGCCACCACCUCAGCUUCAGCCCAAACCACCUCUGUCGCAGCCGAAGCAGCAGUCUCUUCCAUCGACUUGGAAGCCUUCCACACUUGUAGGGGACAACAAUCGGGCCAACGGCCCCAGAAAUUCUGGUAGCCAUUCCAAACAAUCUUCUCAUCAAAGUAAGCCACUGUUUCCCAAAGACCUCUUCAAGGAGCCCUUCAUUCUCUACUGUGAUAUGUGCAGGACCAGUUGUUCUGGCCCACAGACUUAUUGGGAGCAUUUAGAAGGGCAGAAGCAUAAGAAGAAAGAGGUAGCUCAAAAAUCGGGUGUCUGGAAAAACAGCAACCAGCAACAACUUCUUUGUGCCCUCUGUGAUGUUUACUGCUCAGGAGAGGAGUCAUAUUUAGCACAUAUUAAUGGAGCUAAGCACCAGAAGGUUCUUAGUUUAUUUGUAAAGUUGGACAAGCACAUUCCUUCCGCGGAGCCUGUGAUAGUGAACCGUACUCCUGCUCCUGUUACUGAGACCCCACCUGCUCCUGGUACUGCGACUGCUUCUGCCACCACAAAGGCCAUCAAGCCACUAGCAGCUGUUGGCAAAGAAAAAAAGAAGAACAUUUCGAAGGUCACAUUAAAUUUGCCAAGUGAACGGAAUACACUGUGCGCGUCCAACUUGCAGCCAGUCGGACGUGACUAUGUGGAAGAGGUGCGAAACCGUGAAGGAAAAUUGAUGCAGUUUCACUGUAAACUGUGUGACUGCUUUUGCAACCAUACAAAUACCAAGGAGAUGCAUCUGAGAGGGCGCCGACAUCGACUGCAGUACAAGAAGAAAGUGAACCCUGAAUUUCCAGUGGAGAACAAAUACCAAAAGAAAGAUCAGAAAAACUCUGGAAAGAUGAAGAAACGGAGGGAUAUGAAGAAACUAGAAGAAGAGAGGGAGCAGCUAUGGUACUAUGUCGAGGAUAUAUACUGUAAGUGGCUAGAAGAAGAACAGCUGUUUUGGGAAGACCGUAAACACCGGUGUCCUGCAGACCUGUAUCCACUCCGCCCCUUAAGAAGACCUACAAAGCCUGUUUCAUCACUUUUGGUCAACGAAUGGUCACAUGCUACUAUGGACCAGCACAUUAUGAUGAAACAUUCCAGUAUCUACCCUACGGCACACGAGUUACAAACCAUACAGACGGUGGUGUCCCAUUUGGAGCAGGCCCUCAAGCUGGUCUCUGACUCGCUAGCUUGUGAAAAAAGAAAAAUGCUGAAGAAAAAGAGCAGGAAAAUAAAUUUUGCAUGUGAAAUUCUGAUGGGUGUAACACGAGUUGGGACCCUCGCAAAGGGCCUUCUUCUCCAUGGAGACAGGGACAUUCACCUCAUCCUGAUCUCAGCUGAGAAACCUACAAAGACUCUCUUAGAGAAAAUCGUAGAGAAGUUACCGGAGAAAAUUUUGAUGUUAACUGAUGACAAGUAUGAGAUCACACCUCAGACUGAAGAAGCAUGUCUGGUCGUUACUUCAUGUGGGGAGCCCAAACUGCAAGUCAAAAUUUCAAUCACAUCACCUCUCAUGGAAGACAACCCCAAGGCUGUUGCUAAGAAAGAAGACAAAAGAGGACCUCAACCUGAACCUGCAGAUCUUUUGAACCGGAACAAGUGCCUUGAGUCAUUGACCGCUAUCCGUCAAACCAAGUGGUUCCAGACUGCUGUUCAUGACCUGCAGUCAGGUUUGAUCAUUAUCCGGAUUUUGCGAGACUUGUGUCAGCGUGACCCAACCUGGAGACCCUUCCCACAAUGGGCGCUGGAAAUUUUGGUGGAGAAAGCCUUGAGCAGUGCAGUAUGGCCUCUUAGUCCUGAGAAAGCCUUAAGGCGCACUUUCGAGUGUGUAGCUUCAGGAAUCCUCCUGAGCGCAGGUCCAGGACUUCAAGAUCCUUGUGAGACUGAGCCAGUAGAUACUCUAAAGCCCCUGACUCCUCAAGAGAGGGAGGCUAUUACAGUCAGUGCCCAGAAUGCCUUGCGAAAUUUCGUGUUCAGGCAGAUGCAUAAAAUCCUGGGAGAUAACUAUGAGGUAUAUCCUCCAGAUAGUGUCCUGGAAAAAAGCAAAAGAAAAUGGGACUAUGGAAAGGCAGCCAAAGAAGAGGCUCAGGAGAAGAAGUACAAGAAGGGAGGUCGUGUCUAACUAGUUUAGGGCAUUCACUAGGAGAGCCUUUUGUUACUUUAGCGGAACGUAGAGAUGUCCAUGUGCCUGCACACAUGCUCUUUUCAUAUGUGUGUAUGAAUAAGUUUCUUCCUAUUCUCUAUUUAGUUUUUGACAAUAUUAAGGUUUUUCCCCCUCAAACAAUUUAUUCUAAGCAGUGUUUAUCUUAUGAAGUAGCAUCAUUCCUUAAGAACAAAGUUGCUUCGGGCAACUUUCUCCUCUGUACCUCCCCACCUUCUCCCCACUCCUGAAGAAACCCCCUCCACAGCAAAACAGGUAAAAGGAAGCCAGGCUAUUUUUUUUCCCCCUUGAAUUAUUUCUUGCAGACUUGAAAAAUAGGUCCAGUGUCAUGUAGAAGAAAAUGCAGGCUCUGGGUUUGAAUGUUAAAAUCUCUUCUUCCAUCUUUUCCAUCCUCCAGCUGGAGGAUGGAGGGGUCAGAAGAGGAUGUCUUUGUCCUUCAGGGAAGCAACGCUUGCCCAAGCCAAGGGAAGGCUCAAAAUGAUACUUGACCGUUUGCAUAUCAGACAUGCCCAUUUCACUGGGAUCUAGAGUUCUCCGUUAGACUGGAUCGACGUAUAAAAGCCCCAUUCACCGCCACAUGAGUGUUUAUCAUGUGUGUAUCACCACACACAUGAUAAAACAUGAGUGUUUUAUCUCAUCUGGCUUUGAAGUUUGGACAUUUGUGUAAUUUUUUUAUCUUUUUGGAAAGCACCCCAUGUGUUCCAGUGAAGGCGAAAAUGGACGUUGGACAAGGGCUGCUCUGUAAACAGUGGUAGGGUGAAUAGUGCUAAAUUAAAAAAAAAUACCUGUUGACAAUAUGACCACUAACCACAGAGAUUUUUCCACAUACCAAAGAGUGCUUUCUGUAGAGAGAUCAGUACGGUGAAGGGCUGCUUUGAAAUUGUUUACUUAAAAUGCGGUUUUGCCUUUCUUUGUUCCCCCCAAGUUUGAGCCGCCUUUCCAACAUGAGCCAAUUUGAAAACUUGGUGUUUUUCAAUAACACCUCUCAGAAGUGGUUGGACUGCAACCCGGAAAGGCGUAGUGGCGCUUAAUGUGCAAAGGGGUCCUAGCAACAGUAAUGGGAUUGGAUAGAAGGGAUCUGCUCCUGGAACUGGGUUUUUGAAUCAGUUAUCCCACUCUAGCAAACUAGGAAACCAGGGCAGGACAACCCAUGUUAAUUUGAUUCAGCCUGUUUCUUUGUGGAGGGUUUCUCAGGUAGUUGAUUGCCCAACGACAUUUAAACAAAUGUUGUGAUUUAGGGUCACUCCGACGCAUUUCAUUUUAUUUCCCUUUCUGUGUGGUAAAGUCUAUAACAUGGUUUUAAUAUUUUAGUGUUUUUGAAAUGUUACCUGAAACAAACAAGGAAAAAAAAGUGAAAGCAAAAUAAAGCCAUGUUGUUUCAGUGUG